AUGCCAAAACACGGAAAGUACCGAAUGGAAAGCAAAGCCCUAUCGUUUCUGCGAGAUGCUCUAACCGCGAAGCAGUUGCGAGUAGAAAUUUGGAAACCUGCACCAGGCCAGACAAAGAAAGCAUCGAAGUUUGUCCUGGAGAAGGAGGCAUCCCCUGGAAAUUUACAGGCGGUAGAAGACCUUCUGUUCGUCAACUCUGACAUUCUUUCCGCCCCUAUUGUUAUGGCGAUCAAGAUUGUAUCUGCUUCCGCAGACAAGACGAAGACUAAAACGGUUGGAAUAGCAUUUGCAGACACUAGUAUCAGACAACUAGGAGUGGCAGACUUUGUUGACAAUGACUUGUUUUCAAACACAGAGAUCAAGUCUCUAAUAAUACAACUCUCUGUCAAAGAGGCGCUAAUUCCAACCGGCACUGCAUCUGGGAAUACCGAUCGUGAUAUUGACUUGAAUAAACUCAAAGCAGUAUUGGAGCGGUGUGGAGUGGUCAUUACCGAAAAGAAACCUAGUGAAUUUACCGCAAAGAAUAUCGAAGAUGACCUAAUGAAGUUGCUUGUGCAAGAUCCGGGUUCUUCUGCUACAGUGGGUAAUCCUCAAACCAUAUCUCAGCUAUCUCUUCCUGUGGCUCCAUCUGCCCUGUCUGCUCUAGUAAACUAUCUAUCAUUACUUACGGAUCCGUCGAAUCACGGAGCGUUUAGCAUCCGAACUCAUGACCUAUCACAAUACAUGAGAUUAGAUGCUAGUGCUCUUCGUGCUCUCAAUUUAACCGAGCCACCUGGGGUCUAUCAAUCGAAAUGCUACUUUACUUGGUCUCCUCAUAAAUGCAAGACUGCACAGGGCACAAGAUUGCUGGGGAGUUGGCUAAAGCAGCCAUUAGUCAAUCUUCAUGAGAUCCUUGUCGGUCAUCGUCAGAAAAGAGGCAGAAAUUUAGUUGAGAUGUUUGUUGACGAUUCUUCUACUCGUAGAAAUCUUCAGGACGACUUCCUCAAAUUUAUGCCUGACAUGCAUCGUAUCAGCAAGCGUUUCAAGAAAUCAGCCGCCUCUCUGGAAGAUGUCGUCAGAGUGUACCAGGUUGUGCUUAAAAUUCCUGGUCUCAUAGCCAAUCUUGAAGGCACGCAAACAGAACAAGACGAUUAUAAGUCUCUGCUGGAAGAGAUUUACCUUAAAGAUUUCCGGGAAUUUAACGAAAACCUCU